CAUGAUUAUCUUCCUUUAUCUAUCAUAGCAUGACACACAUGUCCUUAGUUUCUUAUUAACAAACCCAUCACACCCCCACCCCUAAGCCCCUUAUUAUAUCUUUUAUCAAUUCCUCUCUUAAUAAUAUUUUCGAACUUUCUAUUUAAAAGGCAAAAUAACCCACAACUUUCUCCCAUGCACUUGUCUUCUUUACCUCCAACACUUGUUCCUUAGUGUUUUUUUUUCUCUUAGUCUUGUUCAUGUGGUUCCCUUCUCUCUAUGUCCAUAACUUGUCUCUCAAUUAGUUAUCAUCCUCUUCUCUUUUUAAACUCCCCACACCACACACAACUCUUACAAAUUCAUUCAAACAACAUUCUAUUACUAUAACUUCUCUUUGACAGUACAUCAACACAAGUUCUUACCUUCUUAGUUGCCCUGACAAUAUAAUGUCAAGCCGAAGAACACGCGGUUCGAGACAAUCAUCAGGAGCUACCAGAAUAACUGAUGAUCAGAUUGCUGAUCUCGUAUCAAAGUUACAAUUACUUAUCCCUGAAAGCCACACUAGGCCUUCCAACAAGGUUUCAGCUUCCAAAGUGUUGCAAGAGACAUGUAAUUACAUAAGAAGUUUACAUAGAGAAGUGGAAGACCUAAGUGAUAGAUUAUCAGUGCUUUUGGAAUCUACUGAGAGUGACAGUGCUCAAGCUGCCAUUAUUAGAAGCUUACUUAUGUGACAAUUAUUCCCAUUAUUAGAAGCUUACUAAUUAUGUGACAAUAAUUUCAAUUGUUAGGUUCUAUUUUGUUCUUUUUCUUUAAUUACCAUCUUGUUAUUAUUAUUAUUUCUUCUAAGAUGCAGUAGUACUACUUAUAAUUAAUUAAUUAGCGUUUCCCCGCUAGGCCUAAUGUAGGAGAGACCUAGUGGCGGAUGCAGAGUAUAAUGUAUGGGUUCACAAGGAUAUAAUAGAUUUUGUAUGGAUCUUAUAUUUGUAUUAAGAAAUUUAUUAAAUAUUUAUAAAUUGAUUGAAUUCAGUUAUUAUUAAAGUCAAA